CAGCUGUUGGAAAACAUGACUGAUCCAAAGAUUGAAGAGGUAUUGGCGCCGUUGCGUGAAGCAGUAAAGGAGCAGGGAGACUUGGUGCGCAAACUGAAAAGUGAAGGCGCUCCGGAAAUUGACGUGAAAAAAGCGGUCAAUGAGCUAAAAGCGCGCAAGAAAGUACUUGAGGAUCGCGAACUGAGCCUCGCACCUCAGGUCGCCAGCUUCGAUCGGGCACGCAUGGAAGAUCUUCUGAAACGACGAUUCUUCUACGAUCAAAGUUUUGCCAUCUACGGUGGCAUUACGGGCCAGUAUGAUUUCGGUCCGAUGGGCUGUGCGUUGAAAUCGAACAUGAUAAAUACGUGGCGUCAAUUUUUCGUACUUGAAGAACAAAUGCUCGAGGUGGAUUGUUCGAUUUUAACGCCCGAACCGGUUCUCAAGGCGUCCGGACAUGUGGACCGGUUUGCUGACCUUAUGACGAAAGACGUGAAAAACGGCGAAUGCUUUCGAUUAGAUCAUCUAAUUAAGAAUCAUCUGGAGAAGUUGGCAGCUGGCAAGGAUGCCACGGCAGAGCUGAAGGACGAGUGUGCCGAUAUCGUGAUCAAGCUGGACGGUAUGACAAAGGACGAGAUGGCAGCCAUCCUGCGGAAGUACAAUAUGAAAUCACCCAUCACUGGCAACGAUCUGACGGAACCAAUUGAGUUCAAUCUAAUGUUCGGCACUCAGAUCGGUCCGACAGGCUUAGUUAAAGGAUUCCUGCGUCCCGAAACAGCGCAGGGUAUUUUUGUGAACUUUAAGCGUCUGCUCGAGUUCAACCAGGGUCGUUUGCCUUUUGCGGCUGCUCAAAUCGGAAACAGUUUCCGCAAUGAAAUUUCACCCCGCUCCGGGUUGAUUCGUGUGCGUGAGUUUACGAUGUGUGAAAUAGAGCACUUCUGCGAUCCACAGGCGAAAAAUCAUCCCAAGUUUGAGAAUGUUGCGGACACGGUAAUGACGCUCUAUUCUGCCUGCAACCAAAUGGAUGGAAAGAGUGCCCAGCAGGUCCGCAUUGGAGAUGCGGUUGCCAGUGGACUGGUAGCGAACGAAACACUUGGCUACUUUAUGGCGCGCAUUCAAAUGUUCCUGCAUCGUAUCGGCAUUUUGCCGGAUCGGUUGCGCUUCCGGCAGCAUAUGGGCAAUGAGAUGGCGCAUUAUGCGUGCGAUUGCUGGGAUGCGGAAUGUUUAACGAGCUACGGAUGGAUCGAGUGUGUCGGGUGUGCCGAUCGGUCCGCGUACGACCUGACGCAGCACACGAACGCAACCGGCGUAAAGUUGGUCGCGGAGAAGAAAUUGCCCGCACCCAAAACGAUUGAGGUGACGGAAGUUGUGCCGAACAAGGCCGCAAUAGGAAAGGCAUUUAAGAAGGAUGCAAAGGCUAUCACGGAGGCGUUAUCGAAACUAAGCCUAGACGAUGUUGAGAACAUUGGAAAGAGUCUAGGUGAAAAUGGAGCACACACUCUGGCAAUAAACGGAACGGAUGUGAAACUGACCAAUGAUCUGAUCGCCGUUAAAACUACUUCCAAAACGGUACACGUGGAGGAAAUUACUCCCAGCGUCAUCGAGCCUUCGUUUGGCAUUGGACGCAUUAUGUACUCGCUGCUGGAGCACAGCUUCCGGAUGCGGGAAGGGGAUGAGCAGCGCAGUUACUUCUCGCUUCCACCAGUGGUGGCUCCACUGAAAUGCUCGGUGCUUCCGCUAAGUAACAAUACCGAGUUUACUCCGUUCGUGAAGAAAAUUUCAACGGCCCUUACAUCCGUAGACGUUUCGCACAAGGUGGACGAUUCCAGUGGAUCGAUCGGUCGUCGUUACGCGCGUACGGAUGAGAUCGCGAUUCCGUACGGUAUUACGAUCGAUUUUGAUACGCUAAAGGAACCGCACACGGUGACGCUCCGUGAACGCGAUUCGAUGAAGCAAGUUCGCAUCGGGCUGGACGAAGUAGCGAGCACGAUCCGUGAUCUGGCUACCGGACGUAUCAGCUGGAACGAGGUGGAACAAAAAUAUCCGCGCUUUGAGCAGCAAGAAGCUUCUGCCAAGUAA